CCCCCCCCCCCCUCCCUCUUCCCCUAAAAAAAUCUCCUCAACGUUUCCCUCCAUUUUUCCUAGAACCCUAACCCUAGAAGACUCCAAUUCCAGCUCCAUGGCGAAAGACGAGGACGAAUUCAGAGGCGAGGUCGAGGAGCGCCUCAUCAACGAAGAGUACAAGAUCUGGAAGAAGAACACGCCGUUCCUCUACGACCUCGUGAUCACCCACGCCCUCGAGUGGCCGUCGUUGACCGUACAAUGGAUGCCGGACUACUCAGUUCAAAAGAUGAUUCUUGGGACCCACACCUCAGAUGAUGAGCCCAACUAUCUGAUGCUCGCUCAGGUUCAGCUCCCGAUCGAUGACGCGGAGAACGACGCGAGGCAGUAUGAUGAUGAUCGGGGUGAGAUUGGAGGGUUUGGAUGCGCUAGUGGCAAGGUGCAAAUCAUUCAGCAGAUAAAUCACGAUGGAGAAGUUAAUCGAGCUCGAUACAUGCCUCAGAAUCCUUUUAUUAUUGCAACAAAGACUGUCAGUGCAGAGGUGUAUGUGUUUGAUUACAGCAAGCAUCCAUCUAAGCCUCCUCUAGAUGGUGCAUGCAAUCCUGAUUUGAGGCUGAAGGGCCACAACUCUGAAGGAUAUGGUUUGUCAUGGAGUCUUUUUAAACAGGGUCAUCUUUUAAGUGGUUCAGAUGAUGCUCAAAUAUGCUUGUGGGACAUCAAUGCAACACCCAAAAAUAAAUCUCUAGACGCUCUACAAAUUUUUAAGGUACAUGAAGGUGUUGUGGAAGAUGUUGCCUGGCAUUUGAGGCAUGAAUAUUUGUUUGGCUCAGUUGGGGAUGAUCAACAUUUGCUCAUAUGGGAUCUUAGAACGCCAACAGCUAACAAGCCAAUUCAAUCUGUAGUUGCUCAUCAAGGUGAGGUUAAUUGCUUGGCAUUCAAUCCCUUCAAUGAGUGGGUUGUAGCAACAGGUUCAACUGAUAAGACUGUCAAGUUGUUUGACCUCCGUAAGCUAAGUACUGCUCUGCAUACCUUUGAUUCUCACAAAGAAGAGGUUUUCCAAGUUGGCUGGAGCCCGAAGAAUGAGACAAUACUAGCAUCUUGCUGUCUUGGUAGGAGGCUCAUGGUGUGGGAUCUUAGCAGGAUUGAUGAUGAACAGACACCAGAGGAUGCGGAAGAUGGUCCACCAGAACUUCUGUUCAUACAUGGUGGCCACACUAGCAAGAUCUCCGAUUUCUCUUGGAACCCUUGCGAGGAUUGGGUCAUCGCCAGCGUCGCUGAAGACAAUAUCCUUCAGAUAUGGCAGAUGGCUGAGAAUAUCUACCAUGAUGAUGAUGACGUGUUACCAGCAGAAGAACCUCCAAGAGCGACAUAAUUUUGUCUGCUUUAAAUUAUAUGUAGUUUGUUUAUGCCGUCGUAGACGAUUGCUGAAGUAAUGUGCAGUAUCUAGGGUGCGUUUUGUUUCUCUUUUGUUUGUCUAUUAGCUUUACCUGUUAACAGAAUUGUGGCUUUACAAUUUUAUUUUAUGCAAGUUACUUUCAUUGAUCUU